AUCUAACGAGCAGGUCAUGAGUCAUCACAAUGAUUUAUUUAGCUUCACUGAAUUUAAAUAACAUUGCUGAGAAGUUAUCCACGACCACGAUAGCGCCGCCCGGGCAACUUCCUAGUAUUAGCUAAAGAACCCAGCCCAGGUGCUGUUAAAGAAUUUUAAGAAUUUUCAAUCAAAUCCUUCCUUCCUCCUCGUUAUUAUGAAUCAUGAGCAACAGCAGCAUAUCGAAACACAGACGGCCUCGGACAGACAAUAAAUAACAUGAAGCUCUCCUUCUCAAUUCCAUCAAAUUCGAGUUCGAAGGCAAAAAAACCAGUCUCAGACAAAGACGAAGGCCAAUCAGACGAUAACAACGCCAAACAAUAUGUCACCGAAUUCGAUCCCACAAACACCCUACAAAGCACUCGAACCCCAAUUAUCCAACCUAUACAAAACGAAUACCAACCCCACAAAAAAUUGAAAAACAUCGAUCUCCUUCUCCACCCUGACCCCUCCACCGACCUCCGUUUCGAACUCCAAACCCUCUCCCCCGACCCCCCCGAUCCCAUGUCUUUCGGCCUCAAUCUCCGUCAGCCCACCGCCACCGCCACUUCUCUGACCAAAGAAGCUAGAGUUGAGGAUGUGAUGUUGGAGAAAUUGAGGUAUGAUUUGAAGAGGUUGCCAGAGGAUCGAGGGUUUGAGGAGUUUGAAGAAAUGCCAGUUGAGGAUUUUGCCAAAGCGUUGCUUAAGGGCUAUGGUUGGCAUGAAGGGAGAGGUGUUGGAAAGAAUGCUAAAGAAGAUGUUAAAAUCAAGCAGUACACUAAAAGAACUGAUAAAGAAGGUUUGGGCUUUUUUUCUGCUUCACUUGAUUCAAAAAAUAGUAAUAAAAAUGGUAGCAUUGGUAAUGGUAGUGGUAGUGUUAAAGAGAAAGAAUCAGAGAAGAAUAAAGAUGAGUUUUCUGUGGGUAAAGAAGUUAGAGUGAUUUUUGGUAAAAAGGAAAAUUUGGGUUUGAAAGGUACGAUUGUAGAGAGGCUGGGUUCGGAUUCGAUUAUUUUGAGGGUAGAAAAGAGUGGGGAGAGUGUGAAAGUUCGGGUUUCUGAUGUUGCAGAAUUGGGGUCGGGAGAAGAGGAGAGGUGUUUGAAGGAAUUGAAGGAUUUAAAGAUCAAAGAAGAGAAGAAAUCGGGUGAUGGGGAUAGGGAACACCGGCCUGUUAAUAAGAGGAGCGUGGAGAGUAGAGAAAGUUUGAUACUUGAGAAUGGUGGCAUUGUUAAAGAGAGAGGAGUUCAGUGGCUUAGGAGUCAUAUUCGGGUUAGGAUAAUUAGUAAGGUCUUGAAAGGGGGUAAAUUGUAUUUGAAGAAAGGAGAGGUGGUGGAUGUGGUUGGGCCUUACAAGUGUGAUGUAAGUAUGGAUGAAAGUAGGGAGUUGGUGCAAAGUGUAGAUCAGGAUCUUCUUGAGAAUGCAUUGCCACGUCGGGGGGAUCCAGUCCUUGUUCUUUAUGGGAAGCAUAAGGGAGCUUAUGGGAAUUUGGUUCAAAGGGACUUGGACAGAGAGGUUGGGGUUGUGCAGGAUUAUGGUAGCCAUGAGUUGCUUAAUGUCAAACUCGAGCAAAUUGCAGAAUAUGUUGGAGAUCCCAGCUACAUUGGCUAUUGAUUCUCUUGGAUGAGUGCUGAUGCAUAACACAGAAGGAGCAUGUUCAGAUUUUUCCGAUAUUUGAUUGUGGAGUCCCAAAGUUUGCCCAUUCCUGUACACAACUAUUGCCUUCCUGUAAUUGCUCUUUUGGUUUGAUGUAGUUACAUGACAUUCUGCAACAGGAUUAAGAUCAGUCAGAUGGAGAGACCUUCCUCGGUUUAAAGAUCUGAAGCAACAUGUCAUUAGCCAUUUUCAAUGGAAAAAACGAAAUUAGAAAAGCUAGAUUGCCAGUUUAAUUGCUAUAAUUGCCUAAUUGGUUAUCUGAAUGCAGAUUGCAUUUGGAAUGGUAAUGGCGACUGGAAUGUAAACUGAUAUUGGCUCUAUGGCUUGUGUGUAGAAUAAAAACAAUUGUAACACUGGUUGGUAUAACAAUGCAGUAAAAGAGAUCACAGUAA